AUGAGUACUCCAUCUCUCCAGGAGCUGGAGGAGGUUUUAUACUCAGCUCCACGCUCAUGUCGCCAUGGAGACGAGGUGUGGCCAAACCUGUACCUGGGAGACAUGUUUAUGUCUCAUGACAAGCUCGGGCUCUGGCAGCUGGGCAUCACUCAUGUGUUGAAUGCAUCACACGGUAAACUCUGCUGUAAAGGCAAUGAUGAUUUCUAUGGAACCACAGUGAAAUACUACGGAGUGCCAGCCAAUGACCUGCCAACAUUUGACAUUUCACCUUACUUUUACCCUGCUGCUGAAUUCAUUCACCAGGCUCUGACAUCAGGAGGAAAGGUGUUGGUGCACUGCGCUGUGGGCGUGAGUCGCUCUGCUGCUCUGGUCCUAGCCUACCUGAUGAUUAAUCAUCACCUCAGUCUUCUGUCCUCUGUACGCUGUGUGCAACAGAAACGCUGGGUUUUCCCCAACAGAGGCUUCCAGCGACAGCUUAUCAGUCUGGACAGAAAACUGCAGAGCGAAGGGUUGACUGAGGACACACUUGAAAAAUUUCUGCGUCCAGGGAGAAUGUCAGGGAGCAACGAGCGACAGGACCUGGUGCUCAUUAAAAAACUGGAGCUCAUCUUGGAUUGCUGCACACUGGAGCUCACACCAGUGAAUGAAGUCUGGCCCAACCUGUACAUAGGAAAUGUAGCUGUAGCACAAAAUAGAAAGACAUUAAGUAAGCUUGGCAUCACUCAUGUCCUGAAUGCAGCUCACACCAAACAGGGUAGCAUCGGUGAGCAGAGUUUUUAUGGGGACACCUGUGUUUACUAUGGCAUACCAGCAGAAGAUUCAGACCACUUUGACCUCAGUCAGUACUUUAAACCUGCAGCUGACUUCAUACAUAAAGCCUUAAAGAGCAAAGAUGGUAAAGUGCUGGUGCACUGCAUCAUGGGCAUCAGUCGAUCGUCCACUUUGGUGCUAGCAUAUUUGAUGUUGCGACAGCAUCUCUCUCUCGCUGACGCUCUGAGGCAUGUCGCCCAAAAAAGAGCUAUUUACCCUAACCGGAACUUCCUGUCACUCCUCCACAAGCUUGAUGAACAGCUGACAUUUAAACGGAGGUUGUGUCCUCUCCUCUGA